GGAUCUGCUGCUAAUGACUUGGUGCCAGAUAUCACAUCGGACCAGGACUGUUUUGGCAGAAACCCAUUUUUUCUCAGAGGAAGUGGCGAGCAGACCAUGUACAAGUGAGGCGUGUGUCAGCAGCAGCAGGAAAGGAUGAAGGUCGCUGUGUUCUGUCUCAGCCUUUGUGUGUUUCAUUCACGUACCUCAUCUGAUACCAGAGAAGAAGCCGCUCUGAGCGUCCUUCCCAACAGAUCCCAGUUCUUUCAGUACGAGUCUGUCUCUCUGAGCUGUGGGCAGCAGGUAAUCUCUUCUGAGUGGAGCGUUAAGAGGAACACAUCCAAAGACACAAAUGAAGAGUGUUUCAAAUUCUGUGGAAGAAAAUAUGAAUCCCACUGCUUCAUCGCUGACCUUUACCCAUCAGACACUGGAGUGUACUGGUGUGAGUUUGCAGCAGGAGAGCGCAGUGAAGCCGUCAGCAUCACAGUGACCAGUGGCUUUGUGAUCCUGGAGAUUCCUGUCCUUCCUGUGAUGGAGGGUGACGAUGUGACUCUGAGCUGCAGAAACAAGAUACAUCCCUCCAGUCUCACAGCUGAUUUCUAUAAAGAUGGACUUCUCAUCAGGAGCAGCUCUACAGGAAACAUGACCAUCCACAGUGUCUCCGAAUCUGAUGAAGGAUUCUACACGUGCAAAGUCUCUGGAGAUGAAUCACCAGACAGCUGGCUGACUGUCAGAGUGUCAGAGCCAGCAGCUCCUGUAAUGCGUGUCUGCAGACUGAUUCAUCAUGUAGUUGUAGGGACUCCUUACCUGCUGUCCACCAUCGUACUGGGACUCAUAUACAGAGACAACAGAAGAGCACUUCAGGUGAUUGCAGAGGACAGAGGCCAUCAUGUCGUCAUGGAGGUGGAAUAGAUUACAAGACCACAGAUUUUGUAUAUUAUAAUGUUGUUAUGUGUCUGUACUUUUUAACAUGCAUCUUUUUCAUUUGGUGCUCAUAAAAGAACAAAGGUUUUUUCAUGGAAGUUAGUUCCCUGAGACAAAAUGAGUGGCAGGCAAGGCAGGAGGGAUGCUGAGUGCCCGGGGCAGAAAACAAGUUUUGGACCCAAUUGCAGAACACUAAAAGCAAAAUUAUAUGAGAUGGUUUUUUAAUAUGAUUUGGCGCCCCGACCUUUCAUAGUUUACCGCUGAUAAAUAAACCGUAAAUAAGGACAGCUGCACAUGUGCAUUUGUAAUGAUUACAUUGCUAUCAAAAACUAGCAAGUUGCCAGCUUUGGUAACACAGUCAAACAUCAGCAAUGGCAACAACAAAAGACAGCAAUAUUAGUAACUAGUCUAACUGUGUACACAGAAAAAGGGCCAGCUCGGUCUCUGUCUCCCACUAACGUCCGGGAGCUUCUUGCCUUGGUCACUCUCUUUAACUCUUCUUAGCUUCCUCUGUCAAUGUCCUUUUCUGUCUGUUUGCCUCUGCCAUUAGCUAAUGUUAUGUCCAUAGAGGCUGCAGAGCCCAGUUAUGUUGCCAGCUCAACCCUGGUUCGACACAAGCACCGCUGUCUACUGGCAGCAGCAUAAUGUCGCUUGAAACUUGUAAGCUAGCCAGCAACCGACACAAGAGCACUUACAGUAAUGUUACCGAUGUCCGAGUGUGUUAUCUAGUAACUUUGCUAACGUCAAGUCUAUAUUUAUCUGAAAUCUCUGGCUGAUUUUGCUCGUAUCAACAACUUUGCUAACUUCAAAACAAAAAAAAAGUGCAAAAACACACAACAUAGCAAGCCAGCUAAUAAGUUUUUACUGUCCAACAGAAAAAAAGCCAGCUCGGCUUCUCUACUGCAUCUUUUUAGCUCUUUUAGCUCACUCCACCGUGUAAAAACCUGUAAUAUAUUUAAGCUACUCUUGUCCGGUCACUUGCAGAGCUAGCUUGAUCCAAAUAACUUACAUUGGUUAUUAUAUACUUUUUACUCCUUCUUAUAGCUUGUAGCCAAAGAGUCGUCUUGGUGCCGUAUACCAUUACACUGUUGUUAUGAUAAAUGUUCUGCCCAGGUUUUCAAAGUUACAUGGCACGAUAUCUGGAGUAGGAGUGGCAAUGAGAGAGACUCUAUCACCCUAUUACAAGUCAGUGUAGCAUCAAAAUGAGCUUGAAGAUGUUAUUUUAAGAUAAGAAUACGACAUACUGUUGUUUCAAACACAGCAGGAAGUGUAUACCAGUGUAUUAGCAGUAUUACUUUACUGGUUAUUUUAGUUUAUUUUAUUUUUCUAUUUUUCUUUUAACUGUAAGUUUAAAUUCAUAACUUUCUUCCUGCUGUUACCUUGUAUGUUAUUUUGUUUGCUAUGUUUUAUUUAGUUUGCUCUUGUGAAAGCACUUUGUAACAUUGUUUUGAAAAG